AUGGACCUGGCUGAGGCGGUGCUGCAGGAGAAAGCACUCAAGUUUAUGACUCACAACAGCUGUGUCAGACUCUGCUUAAACCAAGAAACAGUAUGUCUAGCAAGCACUGCUAUGAAGACUGAAAAUUGUGUGGCCAAAACAAAACUUGCCAAUGGCAUUUCCAGCAUGAUUGUGCCCAAGCAACAGAAACUGCCUGCAAGCUAUGAAAAGGAAAAGGAACUGUGUGUCAAAUAUUUUCAGCAGUGGUCAGAGUCCGAUCAAGUGGAAUUUGUGGAACAUCUUAUAUCCCAAAUGUGUCAUUACCAACAUGGGCACAUAAACUCAUAUCUUAAACCUAUGUUGCACAGGGAUUUCAUAACUGCUCUGCCAGCUCGGGGUUUGGAUCAUAUUGCUGAGAACAUUCUGUCAUACCUGGAUGCCAAAUCACUAUGUGCUGCUGAACUAGUGUGUAAGGAAUGGUACCGAGUGACAUCUGAUGGCAUGUUAUGGAAGAAGCUCAUCGACAGAAUGGUCAGGACAGAUUCUCUGUGGAGAGGCCUGGCAGAACGAAGAGGGUGGGGACAGUAUUUAUUCAAAAACAAACCUCCUGAUGGGAAUGCUCCUCCCAACUCUUUUUAUAGAGCACUUUAUCCUAAAAUUAUAUAAGACAUUGAGACAAUAGAAUCUAAUUGGAGAUGUGGAAGACAUAGUUUACAAAGAAUCCACUGCCGAAGUGAAAUAAGCAAAGGAGUUUACUGUUUACAGUAUGAUGAUCAGAAAAUAGUAAGCGGCCUUCGAAACAACACAAUCAAGAUCUGGGAUAAAAGCACACUGGAAUGCAAACGAAUUCUCACAGGCCACACGGGUUCUGUCCUGUGUCUCCAGUAUGAUGAGAGGGUGAUCAUAACUGGAUCAUCGGAUUCCACAGUCAGAGUAUGGGAUGUAAAUACAGGUGAAAUGCUGAACACACUGAUUCACCAUUGUGAAGCAGUUCUGCACCUGCGUUUCAAUAAUGGCAUGAUGGUGACCUGCUCCAAAGACCGUUCCAUUGCUGUGUGGGAUAUGGCCUCCCCAACAGACAUUACUCUCCAGAGGGUGCUGGUCGGACACCGAGCUGCUGUCAAUGUUGUAGACUUUGAUGACAAGUACAUAGUGUCUGCAUCUGGGGAUCGAACUAUAAAGGUAUGGAACACAAGUACUUGUGAAUCUGUAAGGACCUUAAAUGGACACAAAUGAGGCAUUGCCUGUUUGCAAUACAGAGACAGGCUGGUAGUGAGUGGCUCUUCUGACAACACUAUCAGAUUAUGGGACAUAGAAUGUGGUGCAUGUUUGCGAGUGUUAGAAGGCCAUGAGGAAUUGGUGCGUUGUAUUCGAUUUGAUAACAAGAGGAUAGUCAGUGGGGCCUAUGACGGAAAAAUUAAAGUGUGGGAUCUUGUGGCCGCUUUGGACCCUCGUGCUCCUGCAGGGACACUCUGUCUACGGACCCUUGUGGAGCAUUCCGGAAGAGUUUUCCGACUCCAGUUUGAUGAAUUCCAGAUUGUCAGCAGUUCACAUGAUGACACAAUCCUCAUCUGGGACUUCCUAAAUGAUCCAGCUGCCCAAGCAGAACCUCCCCGUUCCCCUUCUCGAACAUACACCUACAUCUCCAGAUAAAUAACCAUACACUGACCUCAUACUUGCCCAGGACUCAUUAAAGUUGCGGUAUUUAACAUAUCUGCUGACACCAGGACGAGUAACAACAGUAACAACCAAACUACUACCUGGUUUCCC